AUGGCGGAGGGUAGGCUGGGCCACGAACAUUCGUCGGUAGAUGGCGCCGUGCAUCAGUCCCUGGACUCCCACUUAUUGGAAUGUCCUAUCUGCCUGGAGCAGCUACGACAACCAAAGUCACUUGCCUACAUUCGUUUUGUCUUGAAUGCCUGGGUAGCUACAUCACUAAGGAGUUGUCAGAAGGCCUCAAUCACUGGAUGUGGGAAACACAAGGAGAAGAUGGAAUAUUACUGUGAAGAUCAUCAAAUUAUGGGAUGCAACAAAUGCAUCAUUGUCGAUCACCGGAGGUGUGAAGUGGUGACGUCAGCAGAGGAUUUCCGGGACAAGUUGAGGAAAAGCUCACAAAUCGACGAUCUGCUGGAGGAACUUCGGAAAAGCGCAGAGGCCAUGGAGAUACUGAUCAAAGAUGUUGGGGAGCAACUGAAAACCAUGACACUAGAUCAGGACACUGUGUUGCAAAGUUUGACCGACAUACGCAAAAAGAUCGACGAGCGAUUCGAUGUUCUACAGAAAGAUCUCACAGACAACUGA